UUCUUCUUUGCCCAUUUUAUUUAGUUGGUUGGUAUGAGACCCUUGGAGCGGUCACUUGAGAAACUUGAUGAUGUUAGAAGAAAGAAGCUUUCUGAAAUGAUUUCAGGUUCUGAAGGUGGCACAUCCACCAAUACAAGCUCAGCAGUCCAAGCUUCUGGUGCAACCGCAUCCUCUCAUGAGGCAUCAGAUGCUUCAUUUGUUAGAAAGUCAGCAGCAAGCAUGCUUAGUGGGAAGAGGCCUGUUCAAGCAGCUCCUACCAACAAAAAAGGGGCUUCUGCUAAAGGGGGUGUGAGUAAGAAGAGUGAUGCACCUGCACAGACAAAAUCCUCUAAAUCUGCUGAAACACCCGAAGAUGUUAAGCCAUCUGAAAUGGGUCUUGAAGAGAUUGAAAGAAAAUUGGGUUCUCUUGUACAAGCAGAUACUAUUUCCCAAUUGAAGAGUGCUGUGUGGAAGGAACGGCUUGAAUGUUUGUUAUAA